GUUUCACCCGGUGAGCAUUUCCGCUGACGGAACUGAAUGUGACAGAUUGUAAACAGUAUCGGGAUGUCAGACCCUAGGGAAGGACGUCCUGAUGCCAUGUUGCAUCUAUCGCUUGGUGAUUUACUGCCUUACAGGCUGCAGGGAUUUAAUUGAAGUGCUCGUCUGGAUAAGACAACACCUGUUCUAGACAGCUCUGAGUUUGCCCUCACCUUACCUACUGCUGAUACUGAUAGCUGGCACAGCGGUCACUUCUCAUUAGGUUCUUGAUUAACAACGUUGGCUCAUAAAGUGACAGUUCUGGAAGGGGUUCAGGCGUUUGUGGACCAUCUGUUUUGCCACACUUCCAUUCGGGUCCAGACAGCAGAUGUUCCGUCUGCGGUGCCUUGAGGCUUCUCGAUCCUGCCCUCACGCACACGAGGAUUCGGUCCAUUUUCUCCACCCCUCGGCUUCUUCUGUGACACCAAAACUGUCGAGGUGAUGGAGGGUCUGGAGGUCGAGGAUAUUAGUCCAGCCCUCGAGGCCACCGAGGACUACCUGCACUGCCUCGAUGACAAUCACGGAGAUGCCCAGGUACACCCACCCAAACUUAAAGAGGCAUCCACCUUGGACAAGCUGAACUCCAGUGGGGUGUGGGGGCUUCUGACAGGAAAGCAGUCUCAGCUAUCACCUGGUAAUAUGGCCUGGGCAGAGCAGACUCCCUUCAGUGUGCUGAGCCUUCGAAAUGGGAAAAGAAACCGAGCUCGAUCCACCAAUGAUUUGGCGGCACAUGCCAAAGAGACAAACUCCACCACCAACACGUCCAGCGGGGGCUUCAAACGUGGCCACAAUCGCUCCCGUUCAGAUGUCAACAACCGCACCUACACCGAUAAUGGCAUGCCAGCCAUUGAUAAAAAUAUGUUCAAGAACAUGGCGCUAAACGACCACAGGGAUGCUCACAAGGAGAGCAGCUCUUACCUGGUGAAGCAGGGAACUCUAGAACAGCGAGAAGGCCCGUGGGGACGGUGGACUGCCUGUCAUGUGGAGCUUACACCCUGCGAACUGCGUCUCUACAGCCUCGACAGCAGCGGAAACCAGCAGCUAUGUGCCGCCCUCUCGCUGUCCCACUGCCAAGGGGUAAGUGCGCCACAGCCACAGGACGGACGGGUGCUACAGGCCGUCUUCUUUAACAGCACCCGUGUGCAGUUACGAGCACCCUGCCAGUGGGAGGCACUGGAGUGGCGUAGACUCCUCUGGGAACGAGUCUUGGCCGCCCGUCCCACUCACAGCAAAGCGGAGCCAGCUUGUGCCAACUCCCCAACCCCCCAUGAACCUGACCCAGAUGCAGCGAUGGUUCCCGCUCCUCGUCCACUGGUACGUCCCACCGCCCUACCACUGUUCACCCAGCACUGUGCUGAUGUUCUCAAGUCUGGCCUUCUGCACCAACUCACCGACCUCAACAACUGGAGGGCCUUCACGUUUGUACUGAGCAGGACUGAUCUGCAGGCCUUCCCGACUGAGGGAAGAGGUCCAGUGUCUGAGCCAGUGCUGCGGUACCAGCUGGCAUCCUGUCUGGCUGUGCAGCGGGAUGAUGAAGACGGAGGCAGGAGCUCCCGCUUUCAGGUCGUCUUUCCUGAUGAUGUGCUACGUCUGCGGGCAGAGAACGAGGCUAAGGCCCAGGACUGGGUUGAGGGUCUUCGCAUUGCAGUGACAGCUCAGCGGCCGCAGUGUGAGAGUACUGAAGCCCCCAGCGGAGUCUUGAUGAGGAACAAGCCAACCAGGGAGAAAAAGCACAAGGAGGCCCAGAGAGCUAAACGGCAGUCUGUCACAACUAGCUUUCUCAGCAUCCUUACCUGUCUGGCCGUAGAAAAGGGCCUCACUGCUCAGAGCUUCCGAUGUGCAGGAUGUCAGAGGCCAGUGGGUCUAUCACGGGGCAAGGCCAAAGUUUGCGCCUACAGCGGCUGGUACUACUGCACAAGUUGUCACCAGGACAACCUCUUCCUCAUACCUGCCCGUCUGUUGCACAACUGGGACACUAAUAGACACAAGGUGUCGAAACAAGCAAAGGAGUUUCUGGAGUUUGUUUAUGAGGAGCCUCUACUGGAUGUCCAGCAGUUGAACCCGUGUCUGUAUGAGCAUUGUGAGCCGUUGGCGGCUGUUCUCAAACUGAGACAGCAACUCCAGUCUCUCAGGGCCUAUCUCUUCAGCUGCCGGGCCACAGUUGCAGAAGAUCUGCGGCGCAGGAUCUUCCCCAGAGAAUACCUGUUGCAGCAUGUGCAUCUUUACUCAUUGGCAGAUUUGCAGCAAGUCAUUGAUGGAAAGCUUGCUCCCUUUCUCUCGAAGGUAAUCAAGUUUGCCAGCUCUCAUGUGUACAGUUGUAGUCUGUGCCGAGAGAAGGGCUUUAUCUGUGAGCUCUGCCACACUGGCCAGGUCAUCUACCCCUUCCAGGAGAAUGCCACCAAAAGGUGCGAGGGCUGUGGAGCCGUCUUCCACGCCGAGUGCCGAAUGCGAGCUCAGCCAUGCCCACGGUGCGUUCGGAGAGAGCUGCACAAGAAGCCGGCAUCAUUCUGGAAGAGACACGGUCCUCACGACAGCCCUGACGACGAGGUGCUGGACUGCUUCGAGCUGGACACCUGAGACGCAUUACCAAGAGCAAAACUGUGCUAAUGAAGUCUAAGAGCUGCUGUACCACAAGACUCUGUGCUCCCUCAGUGAAAGUGCUCUGUCAAAACCGAGAAACAGAGGAGCUUUUUUACCUUCUCCCUCACCUGAGAGAGAUGGGCACAGAGACAAUAAUUCAGCUUCCGAAGAGCAGUGGCUUCAUAAUGAUACCAAUUUACCCUUCCCUUUCAUCUACCAAAUGACAGCCAGGGCCAACCGACAAAUACAGGCAAAGUACGCUCGCACACUUGCACAUAAACACACUCUCACUGACAGAUGUAAAAUAAUGCACUUUCUGGCAGACUCACAAUCCAAGAGCGAUGAUUCAAACCAAUCUCUGGACACAAAUAGAGCUUCUAAUCCAUUAAUGGUUGGGUGAAAAUGAGCGCUGCAAGAUGGCCGUCAUGUUCGGCUUCCCUUCACCUACAAUACCGAAGACCCUUGAAUCUCGAUGGCUGAACAUAAAAAUAAAUGUGCGUAGAACUUUUUAUUUUUUACUUUUCCAAGGCGAUUGCAUUGUUACAUUUGUUCUGUUUUAUUUAUUACAAGUUCAUUGCACUUUAAGUAUUUUGCCAUUUUUGUCUUAAAUCUUCGAAGCUUUCAGCUUUGCACACUCCAUGAUGGUUGAAGUUGGGGGUGUAAUGUCAACUGGUGUCUCUUUCCGUCCAGCUGGAGCUUAGAAAGCUUGACUGUUUAUCAACACUCAGUGGCGCUGCCUAUAAGCAGCAGAAGCACGUUGUUCUUGCUAACCGCUCGGUCUGUGAUUACAAACUACCCUCAGCCACCAAGCCCCGAAAUUACAGUCUAGAGUUUUAGGGCUUUGUUUAGCAUUCAUACGUCUUUUUAACAAGAAACAUAAAGCAAAGCCACCAUGGACGGGCUCAUAAUUCAUGUCCAACUGACCUCGGAUUCAGAUCCAUGCUGCACCGUUGCAUCCAUACAAUGGUUUUCUGAAUAUUUCAACUUAGAAUUGAGAUAAAAGUCUCAUUUUGCUCAGUCAGAUCUCAAUCAGAUCUGUUCUUUCCAAUUGGACAAUGAAGUGCUGCAGCCAUAAUUGCAAAGACGUCAAAUUUAUCAAUGACUUUAAAGGAACACUCCUCUUUUUUUUGUAAAUAGACUCAUUUUACAAGUCACCUAGAGUUAAACAGUUGUGUUUUACAAUUGUUUUUACACAUUCAGCUAAUCUCUGGGUCUGGCUGAAGCACUUUUAGCUUAGCAUAAAUUGUUGAACUGUAUUAGACCAUUAGCAUAUAACUCAAAGAGAGUUUAGAUAAUUUUCCAAUUUAAAGCUUGACUCUUCAUUUUCUGUUGGUCUUAGUAAGUACAUGAAGUAACUACAAAAAAGUUACUAUCUUCUAGGCCGAUAUGGCUAGGAACUUUGCUGCCAUACCAUGUCUGCAGCAGGCUUUAAAUAAGAAAUGAUCAAAACUUUUUUGGAGUGAGAUGCUAAUGGUUUAAUCCAAUUUAAUGAUUUAUGCGAAGCUAAGCUGAAUGGAUUUUGAACAAAAUGGUAAAACUUUACUGUUUAACUCCAGGUGGCUUACAAAAUAAGCUAUGACCCUGCUGUAGUUACUUUGUGUACAUGCUUAGACCAACAAAAAAUGAAAAGUUGCUAUUUUCUUGGCCGAUAUGGCUGGGAACUAUACUCUCAUUCCACCAUAAUAAUCAAGGAACGUUGCUGCCAUACCAUAGCUGCAGCAGGCUAUGAAAAUGAACAAACCUUUUUUGGAGUGAGAUGCUAAUGGUCUAAUCCAAUUCAAUGAUUUAUGCUAAGCUAAGCUGAAAGGAUUUAAAAAAAGAUAAUACUCAACUGUUUAAAUCUAGCCGACUUGUAAAAUGAGCUUUAACUCUUUUGUAGUUAUUUUGUGUACGUACGAAGUAUACGUACGAAGUACGAACUAUACUCUCACUCUAGCAUAAUAAUCAAGCAACGUUGCUGCCGUACCAUGGCAGCAGCAGGCUUUAAAAAGGAAAUCUAUCAAAACUUUUUUGGAGCGAGAUGCUAGUGGUCUAAUCCAAUUCAAUGAUUUAUGCUAAGCUAAACUAAGCUAAAUAUAUUAAAAACUAGUAAAACUUAACAGUUUAACUCCAACAAAAUGAACAUAUUUCCAAAAAAGUGACAUGUUCCAUAAAGAUUUUUAUAAAGACUUGGCAUUUCAAUUCACGAGUGAGAAAUAAUACAUGAUUAACUAUGCUUAUGCCAAAAGUAUGAAUUUGAAAGGAUUUAUGUGUAUUUUAAAAAUGUAAGUUUCUAGUAAGUAGCUAGUUUAUACUAUAGAACACAACUUCAAUGUUCACCGCAGACCUUAUUUUACUAAUCAUGAAAACAAACAAAAUCUCAAUAGCUAAACAAUGGCAGAUUAAUCAAAUUAGUCUACACUUUUUAUAAACAAAAGAGGCUGACUGUUCCCUAAAAAUAGCUAUUUUAUAUCAUUUUUACUUCGUUUUUCCUUUUGUUUAACUAACAGUAGGAGAAAAUGACAGUGGUUCAAAUUAGAGUUGGUUAACUUUCUGGCCACUUCACCAGCAAACAGAGGCUUCAGAUGUAAAUCCCUUUCAGCUUUACCACAUUGGAACAAUACCUGCACAUAUUAAAAAAAAGCCAUCUACAACCAUCUGGUUAUAUUGGACGUGCAACAGCUGGAGCUUUGACUUCAAGAAAAAGAGUUACUUUAUGACCUGCCGACAGUUGUCGCGUAUAGCCCUCUGAAGAUGGGUCUACUGUAGGUCAACUUGCAUAUCAUUUGCUACUAUGUUACAUUUAUAUUUUCUUAUGGGAGAAUGUGUUAAUUCUGUUGAGCUUAUGUUUGUUGUUUACUUCUGAAAGGGAUCAGAUUUCGUUUGAGUUUGGCUAGUGUGUGAAAGGAUGAUGGAUGGAUGAUUGUUUCAAGUAUUUGGUUUUUAUUUAUUGACUGUGUAUUUUUGCCUGCCUUAAAUUGAAAGCCAAUGCAUCGGCCUGUUGAUGUUCUUCGAUUAGCAAGCUAUAGAAAUAAAACAUUUCAGUAUUUAUUAAUCUAAUCAGGAUAUCAGGCUGUAGAAUAUAUUAUAAUAUAAUCACUUAAUCAAUUUUGUUUAUUGCAGGCGAACUUACCUUACUAGAAAGGAAUAUAUCGAUCUCAUUUUCUCAUUAGAGAUCUCAUUAUGUCUCCAUUUUCAACUUGAAUUGAGCUUAAAUGCACCAUGUUUACUGAUACUGUUAGAUAGCAGUCGGAUUGCUUUGAACAUUUGAUAUAUCAUGCUACAUUGCGUUAUUUAAAAUCAGGGAUUCUUAACACACUGAAUAACGGUUAUGGAAGGGAGAAUUCAAAAGAAAACUCAGUGGAUGUACUUGGCGAAUAGUUUUGUUCUUUCAAUACACCAAAUUGGUCCUUUAUUUUCAUAUUUGUUCAAGGUGUAAUGGAAGUUUCUCUUUCGUUUGUCAUCAUGUUGUAUAUUUACAUAUCAGUUCUGUUCAGAAGUAUUUAUUGUAUUAUUUAUAUUCUUCCCUGCAAUUUCUGUCUCAGUUUCCGGAAUUUUCCCUGUGCUUUCUUGUAUUCUGUAAACUCUCCAUUACAGACGACCUCUUAUGCAACUACAAAUAUUUGUGUUCCAGUACUGGUGUGGGGUUUUCUCCUCUUUUUCUUUUCUUUUUACCACUGUUGCCAAUAAAGUCAAAUACUUAACACA